GUUGGUUGGUGGGUUUCACAUAUUUGGUUGAACAAUUUAACCAAUCAAUGAAACCUCUAACACAAUUUUAUUGGUGGAUGCACAACGUAGUUAGAUUUUGACAAGUAUUGUGAAGUUCUGUCGUCGGUGUUUAAAAUUGUCGGUGAUUUUGUUGUUUUUUUCUUGUUGUUACACAGUAUUUUUACUCUCCAGCGACAUGUUUAAGAAAUUCGACGAGAAGGAGAGCAUAUCGGGAGUGCAGCAGUUGAAGUCCUCGGUGCAGAAGGGCAUACGAGCUCGUCUGCUUGAGUUAUACCCUCAUCUUGAGAACCAUAUUGACCAAGUGCUGCCCAAGAAGGACACAUUUAGGAUUGUUAAAUGCCAUGACCAUAUCGAGAUCAUGGUGAACAGCGCGGGCGAGCUGCUAUUCUUCCGUCACCGAGAGGGACCGUGGAUGCCCACUUUGAGGUUAUUGCACAAAUAUCCAUUCUUUCUGCCGAUGCAGCAAGUUGAUAAAGGCGCGAUCCGCUUCGUGCUCAGUGGUGCCAACAUUAUGUGCCCCGGACUGACGUCACCAGGGGCCCGCAUGUCCUCCGUGGAUAAGGGACAAGCGGUAGCUGUAAUGGCUGAAGGGAAACAGCACGCGCUGGCUGUUGGGAUGACGUCAUUGUCUACAGAUGAUAUAGCCAAAGUGAAUAAAGGCGUCGGAAUCGAGAACUUCCAUUACCUGAACGAUGGCCUGUGGCAGAUGAAGCCCGUCAAAUAAAUUACCAUUUACUAAAACAACGCACAUAAUAUUAUUAAGCUUCUCUAAUAAACGUGUUCUAAAUUAA